AUGAUCUCCCCGAGGCCACUCGUCGGGAGAUUCGCACGUAUGCCUGCAGUGACGACCAACAUGAUGGAUCGCCUGCCGGAGGAAGUAGUUCUCCAUAUUCUCUCCUGUACGACAACACACCCACGUAGAGUGCCCGCGCGGAUUGGCGCUGACUUGAGGUAGUCCUGGAGAAUGCCGACAUCGUGCAUCUGCAGCUCGUCUCCUCUAGAUACCUUGCUCUGGGCCGCGACAACGCUGUAUGGAAGACUGAGUCCUUCAAUCAUUCUCGCGCAGAAGCCCUGCGUCGACGCCAAAAUCUCAUGAGCCUCCAAGAUGCACGUCUGGCUGAGUUACGCAAUGCUGUGACUGCUCUGCCGGGCGGUGACCUGACCGCCUGGGAUGUCUCGCAGCUGGUCGGUCGACCGCAGGGAAGGGCAUCCAAUGAUCCAGCAGCUGAGGCCCGAAUACAACGGACCCGGGCAUUGGCAAACUGGGAGCCUGGAUAUCCGCACGAGAGGCUGGACUACUAUGAAGAGUACAUCCAUCGCCAUGCGCCAAUCAACGUUGGAUGGCUAGAGGUCCCCAAAGUGCAGACGACAGACAAGGACGAGCUGAGAGAAGCUACCGGUAUCGGUAUGCUCACUGAUCAACAGACGUCUGCGAACGAACAUGCCGUGUCUCCACUGGAUGAUGGCAGCGUAUGCAUUUGGAACAUCUCGGCGAGGGCUACUACUCAAAGUGGCGGCGGAGGCAGACUCAUCGCGCAGUCCAAACCGGGACUCUUGACAGGCCGACAUGCAAAUGCUACAUCGGAAAGUCGCGCGGUGAUGACUGAGACAGGAGCCGUUGAAUGUGUGUCCAUUGAUAGCUCCUCUGCGAAAGGCUACUUUGCGGUGCAGAAUCUCCUACAAGAAGUCGAUCUCAACACCAUGCAGCUCGUCUCCAGCAAAGAGUAUCCUUUUCCUAUCACAGCGUUGUCGGAAACGAGGGAGAGAUCUGCCAUUACCAUUGGCACGAACAUGACCAUCCAUCUCCAUGACCCUCGAGAUCCUGCUUUCGCCGCUGCUGAGGCAAACUCUGGGGGCGAAUUGAUUGGCGGAUUGGUGUAUUCACAUGCGACCCUCGCACAGCCAGGCCCUCUUUCAAUCCUCAACCACGAUGGCUUCGGCGCAGAUGAUAGCUCGAUAUGGGUCGCCGGACGCUUCACGUCUCUACUUAACUACGACCGCCGCUUCUUCCCCAGGCUCCGCGGUACCAUUCACAGUGGAGCUAGGAUUGCAAGUCUAUCUUCACUUCCAUAUCCUCUAGUCCCUCGCAGCCUUGAUCUGCUACGUAACCCCGAUGCCACUGUCUCCGCGUUCCAAGAAGCUAGGAGUGCCACUGGAACUACCAUAUUGGCAGCCGCAGAGUAUAAGGGCAAAGGCUCGCUAGAGCUACACGGCCUUCCACGCGUGCAGUCCUACCAAAACCGCCAGACAGCCUCUGCUUCCAAGCUAUUAUCUGUCGCACCGCACGGAGGCCGCAUCGUCUUCAGCGAUGGAGACGGUCACCUGAAAUGGGUUGAACGUGAUGGCUUUACGUACGUGCGGACUUUCAACAUCAACGAUGCUCUUCCGGGGGAUCCAAGCGGAGAUGCGACCGCACAUGGCAUUUGGUCUUCAAGCGGUUCCGAGCUGCCGGGUCAAGGCGACAUUGUUCAAAAGAUCAUGCCGACGGACCGCAACUACGAAAAUACAUAUGCUAAGUCGGGACGGCUCGACGUAAAUCAGAACAAUUUGCUCCUGUGGACCGGGGACGGUCGUGUUGGCAUUCUGGGUUUCGGUCACAGCAAUCCUCUUGGCGACGAGCAGUGGCACGAUGCGCUGGAGGAGCAGGCUCUUACGGCUGAACAACGCGCCGGGGAAGAUGCCGAAAGGCAAUACGGCAUGGCGAUGCGCAGGGCGCUGGAAAGAAAUGCAGAUGAAGUGAGAUUUGUGAGAGGGCUCGGUAUGGGCUUCAUGCGGCAGUGA